AUGCAUAUGAAUCUUGAGUGGUGUAAUGAACUUGGAUCGAUAAAAACACCUCCUGUUGAAAGGUUGUCGUUUCACCUUGAAGACAAACAACCUAUUGUGUUUAAAUCAUCCCAACGUGUUACUAAUGUUGUUUCUAAACCCACUAUUGCUGCUUCUCAAUUUUUGGCUUGGAUGGAAUGUAACAACUAUGAUGAAAAGGCACGAAAGUUAUCAUAUGUUGAAUUCCCAAGUCAAUAUGUUUGGAAUAAAUCAGAUAAAGUAUGGACAAGAAGAAAAACAAAGACAAAGUCACUUGGUAGAAUUAAUCACGUGUCUCCCAAGUUUGGUGAUGUUUAUUACUUAUGCCUUUUGCUUAACAAAGUAAAGGGUCCUACUUGCUAUGAAGAUAUCGGGAUAGUUAACGGUACCGUUUAUGAAUCUUACAAAGAUGCUUGCUACGCUCUUGGUCUAUCAGAUGAUGAUAGAGAGUACAUAUCUUCUAUACACGAAACACAUCAUUGGACCAUUGCUUCAUUCUACAGGCUUGAAGCUAAAACCGGAAGCAAUUUUCCACCAAACGUUGUCAUACAUUGA